AUGGAACAAAAGAAAUGCAAACGCCGAAAGGCGCAAGGACGUCUAGCUGGAUGCGUGGUUUUUGUGCUUCUAUGGAGUUUUGCCUCGGCACAAUUAAGGUAUUCAAUCUUGGAAGAAAAGGAGGAAGGAACUGCAGUUGGAAACAUAGCGAAGGAUCUGGGAUUAGAAAAUGCACGACUGAAGGAGAGGAAGUAUCGGAUUGUUGCUAGUGAUUCCGAUCAUCUUUUUUAUGUCAACCCAAACGAUGGCAUAAUUUAUGUAAAACGAAAAAUUGACAGAGAAGAGGUGUGUGCGCAGAGUAGUACUUGUGUGAUUAAUGUAAAAACGGUCCUAGAAAACCCUCUAGAAGUCCAUUAUGUUGAAGUAGAAGUCGUGGAUAUAAAUGACCACUCACCCGCUUUCCCAGAAAAAGACAAUACUUUUGAGAUUUCAGAGUCCGUAUUGCCUGGAGCACGAUUUCAGUUAAAACCCGCAAGAGACCGAGACGGAGGUCAAUUCUCUGUGCAGCAAUAUAAAUUAAGCCCCAACAAUCACUUUCGACUGGAAGUGAAAGAUAAACGAGACGAUGUUAAAAUACCAAUAUUGGUUGUCCAAAAAUCUCUUGACAGGGAGACAACAGAAAGCCACUCCUUGAUACUGACUGCCUUAGAUGGAGGCAAACCUCCGAAAUCUGGUAGUAUGAAUAUUUUAAUUAAUGUUUUGGACAUUAAUGACAAUGCACCUAUUUUCUCAAAGGAUGCUUAUUCUGUAACGCUAAAUGAAAAUACUCCCAUAGGAACAACGAUCAUACAAGUGAAUGCCACAGAUUUAGAUAAUGGUCCAAAUGGAGAUGUAGUGUACCAAUUUAGCAAAAGUAUUAAUCCAACCAUAUUAAGCCUGUUUGAUGUAAACACAGUAACAGGUGACCUUAUUGUAAAAGGUUUAAUAGACUAUGAGGAUGAGGACGGAUAUGAAAUUGAAAUCCAAGCAUCAGAUAAAGGUCUCGCUCCUCUUACAAGUGAAAGAAGUGUGAUUAUAAAAAUAAUUGACGUGAAUGAUAAUGCACCUGAGAUUGAGAUUACAUCAUUCUCUAGUUUGAUUCCUGAAGAUUCCAAACCUGGAACUACAGUUGCGCUCAUCAGUGUAAAUGACAUGGAUUCUGGUCUCAAUGGAAAGGUCAUGUGUUCUGUAAAUGAAGAUUCUCCGUUCACUUUAUUGCCAUCCUUGAAAGACAAAACAUUUUCUCUAGUGACAAAAUCCCCUCUGGACAGAGAGAAGUUGUCUCAAUAUGACUUGACAAUAACAGCAAAAGAUGGAGGAGAGCCUGCUUUAUCAACAGAAAAGACAAUAAGCGUUGAGGUUUUAGAUAUGAAUGACAACCGUCCUGAGUUCUCAUCUAGCCCAUACACUUUUUAUGUUACUGAGGGUAAUGAUCCAGGAGCAUCAGGGUUUUCUGUUAAAGCUUCUGAUCAAGAUGAGAAUGAUAAUGCUCUCAUUUCUUAUUAUAUUGUACGAGAUGGAAGUGAGGAUAAUAAGCUGGCUUCAUUUCUGAACAUAAAUUCGUUAAAUGGAGAAAUCGUGGCACUAAAAUCUUUCGACUUUGAAACUCUGAAAACUUUCCAGUUCCAAGUUGUUGCCACAGAUUCUGGAUCUCCGUCACUCAGCAGCAACGUCACAGUGAACGUGUUCAUUCUGGACCAGAACGAUAACGCUCCAGUCAUCCUGUAUCCAGUCAGCUCCAACGGUUCUGCUGAAGGUGUGGAGGAGAUUCCCCGCAACGUGAACGCAGGACACUUGGUGACUAAAGUCAGAGCCUAUGACGCGGAUAUAGGAUAUAAUGGCUGGUUGCUGUUUUCACUGCAGGAAGUUAAGGACCACAGUGUGUUUGGUUUGGACCGCUACACAGGACAGAUCAGAACACUCCGCUCAUUCACAGAGACAGACGAGGCUGAACAUAAACUGGUCAUAAUGGUCAAAGACAAUGGGAACGUUUCUCUCUCAGCAACAGCUACUGUGAUUGUCAAACUUGUGGAGCCCAAAGAAGCUUUUGCAGCUUCUGAUGUUAAAAGUCCAGCAAAAGAUAUCAAGGAUGAUAAUAUGACUUUUUAUCUAAUGAUCACUUUGGGAUCAGUUUCAGUUCUGUUUCUCAUCAGCAUCAUCGUGCUGAUUGCAAUGCAGUGCUCACAAUCCUCAGACUAUCAUUCUAAACAUAUACAAGAGGCUAACUAUGACGGGACACUAUGUCACAGCAUCCAGUACAGAUCUGGAGACAAACGAUACAUGUUAGUUGGACCCAGAAUGAGUAUUGGAUCCACUAUAAUGCCCAACAGCCAUGCAAAUACACUUGUGUUACCUGACAGGAGGAAAGCCUCUGAGGAGGUAAGCCAUUUAUUUUUAAAGAUUAUUUUAAAGAGUGACCAACAUUCUCCCAACAUGAGCUGUCCUGUUUUCUAUAACUGUACUUCUUACCAACAUCCAUUACCAGUCACAGACAAGCCCUCCAUAUAG